UGGAUCAGACGCAGAUGGAGUAACGUCGAAGACCCCACAGUGCUUGAGCGAACUUGAGUGCGUUCACUCGAUCAAAUACUCGCCCCAGUUCUCGUAGCUAAACAGGAUGUCUGUGGGAGCGGGAAUACUUGCAGCUGCAGCAACUGUGUGUCUGCUGCGGGUCCCGGGCAUCGAGGCGUACAGCGCCCUCCAGGAACCUUCCAGUCGCUCUCUUGAUAACAUCAGCACCCUCCAGGACGCAAAGCGUGAGUCCCCGGCGACCUUCGAAGACCCCGACUCACACCUCAGUCUCUCUGGAAUGUUUUCACAUGGCCGGAAAGAAAAGACGACUCCGAGCUCGACUUCGAGUACGCCAGACGAGGCUUCAACCUCUCGCGAGUCACCGCCAGAUUUCAACAUCGACACAUUUACUUUUAACAAAGCAAAUAUCCGGAAAACAAAUGAUAUUUUCAGCUUAUUGGCCGACGUAGAUGGUACAGACGAUGCGAAAUACGAACGAGAAGGCCAUGAAGAGACGACAGGAGAUAACAAGUCUGACCAGACGAGCCUGGGUGUCCCUGUAGCCAGUGCUGCCAAUAUCCCGGUGAAAAACAUUCUUCUGGCCACCAAGGAUAUGGAAGGACUCCUCUCCGUCGUUCAGAAGAUGAAGAAUAAACUUGAGGGUCGACUGGAACGAACAGUCGUUAGUACUUCCCCCACGGAUGAGUCUUCCUCAUCCCCUUCAGGCCAAACUACCUCCUCCUCCUCCCCUUCAAAACAAACUUUAUCCUCUUCCUUCUCCUCCCCUUCAGGCCACACGACCUCCACCUUUACUUCCGAUCACGGUAACUCUUCUUCCUCGAGUAAUUCUGCUCCCUCACCCCCAUCUUCCGUAUCUACGUCGCUCCACACCUUCAAUUCCAACCAAGGCCAGAGCUCUUCCCCCAACAGAGUCCAAACCUUUUCUUCAAACAAGAGCUCGCCCCCAACCUUUUCUUCUGACUCACAUUGGACAUCCUCCUCCAAUUCCUCCUCUUCUUUCUCCUCAUCGUCCCCCAUCACUCGCCAGGAACUUCCUUCCCCCAAUAGAAGAAGGAAGCCAACCUCUUCCUCCAACACACGAAGGAAUCAGACUACCUCCAACAAACGAAGGAAUCAGACUACCUCCAACAAACGAAGGAAUCAGACCUCCAACACAAGAAGGAAUCAGACCUUCAACACACGAAGGAAUCAGAUCUCCAACACACGAAGGAAUCAGACCUCCUUCAACACACGAAGGAAUCAGACCUCCAACACACGAAGGAAUCAGACCUCCAACACACGAAGGAAUCAGACCUCCAACACACGAAGGAACCAGGCCGUGCCGUCCAACCUCCGAGCUACAUCAUCUACCAGCAGCCAGACCUCCUCUGCUGACGCCACCCAAGACAAGACCUCCUCUUCAGAUGCUACCCAAGACAAGACCUCCUCUUCUGACUCCACCAAAAGCCAGGCCGCUUCUAGUUCCACCAAUUCAUUCCGUAGAUCCUCUUCCUCUAGCUCUCCUGGCUCCACCUCCGUCCAGGUCUCGUCUUCAAGCUCUCCCUCUUUGGACUCUUCCUCUUUUGACUCUUCCUCCUCCUCCUCUCCCUUCAUCACUUUAUCCCACCUUCCCUUAUUCUCUUUAUCACACUUUCCGUCCUCGCGUCAUUUCUCCUCAUUUUCUCCACCCUCGUCCUUUAAAUUAAUGUCUCCCUCAGUAAAUGGAUUUUCCUCCGACGACUCUAACAGAUCGCAAGAAAGUGGCUCCUCCGCCACCUCUUUCCUAUCCAAUGGCAUCACCUCUUCCACCAAGACCUCGUCUCUCUCUUCCAUUGACUCUGACUACUCAUUUUCCUCCAGUGAUUCCGACGAUUUCUCUUCCUCCACUGAUUCUAACGACUUCUCUUCCUCCAAUGACUCCGACGACUUCUCUUCCUCCAAUGACUCCGACGACUUCUCUUCCUCCAAUGAUUCCGACGAUUUCUCUUCCUCCAAUGAUUCCGACGACUUCUCUUCCUCCAAUGAUUCCGACGAUUUCUCUUCCUCCAAUGACUCCGACGACUUCUCUUCCUCCAAUGAUUCCGACGAUUUCUCUUCCUCCAAUGACUCCGACGAUUUCUCUUCCUCCAAUGACUCCGACGACUUCUCUUCCUCCAAUGACUCCGACGAUUUCUCUUCUUCCAAUGACUCCGACGAUUUCUCUUCCUCCAAUGACUCCGACGACUUCUCUUCCUCCAAUGAUUCCGACGACUUCUCUUCCUCCAAUGAUUCCGACGACUUCUCUUCCUCCAAUGACACCUCUCCUCCUUCAUCCUCUCCCCCGUCCCCCUCAGCUCUAAUGAACCUCCUCCUCGACACCUCGACCUUGGAGAGGAUCCGGACAGCGGGGCUGACGUCUGAGACUGAGGAAGAGUUUCUGGACCACCUGCUGGAGGUGCUGACGGGAGAGAAAAACAGACAGGGGACUGCACUCACCCUCGACCCUGUCACCGUCAUCGCUCUCCUCACCCUGGCGGCUUACUUAAUUAGGGCGGUGUACCAGAUCCUUACGGUGACUGGACGUUCACUAGAAGUCAAUGACAUGUUACUGCCGUUGCAAAUGUCCGACGUUCCCGAUGCCAUGGUCCAAAUACAUAACUGGAUAUCUGCUUCGAACGUCGCACAUGUCCGGGAGGAGCGAUCCUUCCAUCCUCUCAGUACCAUUCUGACUGUUCCUGGCAACCUGGCGGCGGUCAUCAAGCUACAGCGAGAGGGUCACCGAGCCUGUGUGAAGCAGUUCCUGUGUGAGCAGAUACAGGAGAGACCAUACCGAGAGAUCACCUUCGCUGAUAUACUGAUCGCUGGUCUGGGUUACUACUUUGGAGACACGGAAUUGGGAACCUACAUAGACCGGACACUGUCCUACGACACCAGCUGCGAGGUGGUGCCCUACGGAUGUUCCCCGCGCACCCUCAGCGAUGCCCACUACCUCGAGGAUCUCUACUCGCGCGCCUCCUUCAAGUUCUUCGACCUCCUGGCUGUCAUGAGCAAUUACUUGUAGUCAACUGUCAAUAACUGUGGGGUGCAUCUUCAUGGCUGUUGGGAUGUAUGACAGGGCGAAUGAAUAUAGAACUAUCUGGCUGGCUGGAUAGGUAGAUGGAUGAAAGUAUGGCUAGCUGGCUGGCUGGCUAGGUAAAUUAUUAAACGGGUAAAUGGGGGAACGUAUGGAUUGAAAGACAAACGGAUAACUGGCCACAACUUUGCGUUAAGUUCGUGUGUUUAUUGAAACUUUCCCAACGAAAUGUUUCCAAAUUUAUAUCAAAACAGUAGAUUAGCUAAGUAUGCAAUAAGUUAAUGUUGAAACUUGCAUAUUAUUUAAGACUGGACUUUAUCAUACUACGGUGUACAAGCUCCGCUCAUAAGCCUUUCACUCGAACCUUUCCUUGGUAAACAAGAGGUUUGUGAAUGUUCACACUUUUGUGAAUGUUCAGACUUCAGAUUUGAGAGGAGUACAUUAAGCAGAAAAUGUGUAAUAAUCGAAAGCCUCAUUGAAUGGAUGUAGAAUGUUUAUUUAUAAUUGACACAUUAAGAGUUGGUCUCUGGCGUUUACUGCCUAACUUCAAGUACUGAUGAUGACUGAAAACUUCACUAUAUAGUAAAGUUCAGUACCAGCUCAGAUAAGGUAUUGAACUGUUUUUGUAUUAUAUACUUAAGUCUAUUUAAAAAAACAUUGAAAAUAACAUUUUCAUGGGCAUGGAUAUGGGCGUUCAGUUUUGAAUUUUAAAUUAAAUAAUAUGCAUAAUUGUUGUAAAUAAUCUUUAAGUCUUCAGAUGACCAAUACUGCAAUUUUAAGGAUUCUGCUAAAUUUCAGAAGUAGUUACAUAACCACUUACGAAAAAUGUGCAUCCUCAUUCACUGAACCUUUGUUUACGUUUAUUAACGAGUUUGUUUAUACCAAUAAUAACCUUGGAUUGCGAAGUUUCGUUCAUGAACUGUUUAAUAAGUGUAAAGAAAGCCGCCAUGAUUAAGGGAAGAUGCACAGAUUUCGUAAAUGCUUGACCAGUCCCAGCUCCGACGGGUCAGUUGUGGACAAAGCCUAAGGCCACGCUCAAGACGCUACAUGCAAAUUCCUAGCCCAUCUAAACUUCUGAAUUAGGGGUUAAGUACGUGCUGAGUAAUAUAACAGCAAAACAGUAAUUGAAGCCUAUGCUUUUUUUGAACUGACUUUUGAGUAUUAGAACCAAAUAUAAUAAUUUACAUUACACGAUUACUAAGACUUUGACAUAUAUUUCCAAAGAGACUUCGCGAUGCUCACUUGGAACUUGUGUUGCGAAUUUACUAUUGCCCUUCUGUAUAUUUAUUUAUUUAUCUUGUAUAAAUUAUAAU